CGCACAUUAGUAACGUCCUUACGAGUCAGUCGAACCACAAAAAAUACGGUGGUAUCCAUGAUUCCGUGUGUUAAAUAGUUUCCGCCGUCCGCCAAUUUCACUGUUUCAGUCGCGAAACAUCCCAAAUUCUCUCUCUGUCAGACCACGUCGUAAACACUAGCACCAGCCCAACCACCGGAAGUGGCGGCGAUACACGCACCAGCAAGCUUCUCCUCUUCUUUCCCCUCUACCGCAGGUUGAAAAAAAUCGAACAUAUAACACACAGUAAUCAAUUUCUAUUACCCAAAAACGCUCUUCAGUAUGUUGAGCCAAUCAUGUUGCUACAUGGUUCAACAUAGCCUUGAACCUUCGUGUUCUCGACCGGCUGCUUGCAUUCCUCUUCAUUUCAAGUAUUCGUACUUAUUUGGAACCCAGCAUAGUGGUUUUACUCGUGUAUGUCGAAGCUUUAGUCGUUCAGGUUGCAUCAAGUCGAUCUCUUCGACUAGAACUCGAGUGGUCAAAGCUGUUGCCACUCCAAAUUCAGCUCUGGAGCUGCCCCUAACCGAAGAAAAUGUUGAAAGUGUACUAGAUGAAGUGCGGCCAUAUCUAAUGGCUGAUGGUGGUAAUGUUGUUGUGCAUGAAAUCGAUGGCAAUAUUGUUCGACUGAAGUUGCAAGGAGCAUGUGGAUCCUGCCCAAGUUCUGUAACAACCAUGAAACUGGGUAUUGAACGCCGUCUUAUGGAAAAAAUUCCCGAGAUAGUUGCGGUGGAAGCAAUCCCUGAUGAAGAAACCGGCCUUGAGCUAAAUGAUGAAAAUAUAGAAAAGGUCCUUGAAGAAAUAAGGCCGUACCUUAUAGGAGCUGCUGGAGGAACUCUGGAUCUUGUUGCAAUUGAAGAGCCAAUUGUAAAAGUCCGAAUCACAGGCCCAGCUGCUGGAGUGAUGACUGUUCGAGUAGCCGUGACACAAAAAUUACGUGAAAAGAUCCCUUCCAUUGCAGCUGUUCAACUUUUAUCUUGAUUUUUAUUUGCUUAGUAUGUUUGUAUGUUGUAAAAACGUCUCGAAGGAUCUGCAUAGUUGUACAGGUUAUUUCAAAUUGGCCGGUCUUGUUCCCUUAAAUAAAUAAUCACAACAUUUACAUUUAAUAGCAAAUAAAUGUUUCGAAAUUUUGUUGUU